AUGACGCUGGUGAGAUUCGUCCUCGCGUCUGGCCCAGUUGAUUCAGCAUCUCUCGCAAGAGAGAGCAUUGAGAAUUCUGUUGUGGUGCUUGAAGACUUUGCUAAGGGCAUGGUGGUGGCGGUGAAGGCCUUGGACGUUGUGCGAAAAGUCACGAUUAAGUUGGACGAUGUCUUGCAAGCGAAGGGGAUGAACAGCAGUUUAACGGAGAACGAAAUCGGACGUAGCCUGGAGGCUUUAGCUGAACUUGAUUCACUGAGAUCCGCGGUACAUGUCGAUUUCACGCCGUUAAGCAUGGAAAAUGGGGUGGAUUUGGCAGACCCUGCUGAUCUGUCUGUCCAAGAUAUCCUCAGCAUGGCUUCGAAUGUCGACCAGUAUGCUGAGCCACACAUGAUUUGGCCUGAUAUAUACAUGUAG